CUGCUGCGUCACACUGAACUCUCUGACUGAUCAUGGACAGUACAGUCAAGAUGCCCAACUCUGGAACAAACAUUACAAACAACGAUGAGCUGAGGAUUGUGAUGGUGGGGAAGACUGGGAUUGGGAAGAGCGCUACUGGAAACACCAUUCUGGGUCAAAAAUGCUUUGAAUCCAAAUGCAGCGCCAAAUCCAUGACUGCUGACUGCUCCAAAUUCUCCAGUUAUGUGGAUGGACAGCAGGUUGCAGUCAUUGAUACUCCAGGUCUGUUUGACACCAGGUUCGGAGAAGAUAAAACCAGAAAAGAUCUUGGUCAGUGCAUCAGCUUUGCUUCUCCUGGACCCCACAUCUUCCUGGUGGUUGUUGCAAUCGGCAGAUUCACAGAAGAAGAAAAACAAUCAGUGCAAAAGAUUCAAGAAAUCUUUGGAGAGGCAGCAGACAGAUACAGCAUGGUUCUGUUUACCCGUGGAGACGACCUUGAAGACACCACCAUUGAGGAUUAUUUGUCUGGAAGCCCAGAUCUCCAGUAUCUGGUGUCCAGAUGUAACGGCCAGUAUCAUGUCUUCAACAAUCGGCUGAAAGAUAACAAAUCUCAGGUCACUGAGCUGCUGAAGACGAUCAGAACCAUUGUUGACAGGAAUGGAGGAAGUCACUACACCAAUGAGAUGUUCCAAGAGGCUGAGAGGAAAAUCGAAGAGGAGAAACAACGAAUCCUGAAGGAGAAAGAAGAGGAAAUACGUAAAGAGAAAGAAGAACUGGAGAGGGAAAUACAAGAGAAAUAUGAGAAAAUGAUGCAGGAAAUGAAGGAAGUAUUCAAGGGUCAAUUUGAGGUGAUUCAAACCAUGACAAAGCAAAUACUGGAAAUGCAGGCGAGAGAAUUUCAAAGGCAAAUGUCUGACCUGAAAGCCAUGUAUGAAUCCAGAGCUAGAGAAGAAGCUGAAGAACUUGCGAAACAUUACAACCCAUGUGUAAUAUUGUGAGGUUAGAUGUUGUCUCCUGGCAGCUGUUACAGAGGAUAAAGCUGAACUAAUCAGCAUUUUUUCUUUAUUGUCUUGAUAAUUGAGUUAAAGCUCCAGGUAGUGAUGUAAUCCAGCUGUGACCUCUGUAUCUCACACUGUUUUAAAAAUAUUUCUGCUGAUGUUUAGAUGCUAAAAUUGUUUGCAUGUGAAU